UCUAGCGAUUUGUGCAGGAUUACGUACAUUAUUCCCAUUAUUCUGUUCCUUUUAAACUACAAAACAAAAAAAGUGGUAAAACCUGAGGCAUGAUUAUUAUAUCACACAGACAGCCAGACACUUGACUAUCUUCUAAGAAUAAAAAUUGCCAUUGAGCCAGGAGUGGAUUGAAUCGUUUACAAGUGAUCUUGUAAUUUCAUUGAUGCAAUUUCCUUCAUUUUUUAUCGUCAUCCAAUGACCACUCUCUACGGAGUAAUAGUGACGUAUUAGCAAACAUACUUAUGUACAUAGUUGUGCAUGAGAAGAAAAAAAAAAUACAUGGAUAAACUUGGUAAUAAUUCUGUGAAUUUAUUUUCGAGUUGAUUUGCCAAGUCAAUUGUUUCUCUGCGUUUUUGCAAAUAUAAAGCUGGUGCUGGACUUUGUUAAAGUCCAGCUCUGAAUACAAAGGACAUAUCUACAUGCAGAGUUGCAGAGCGUCAAAUCCAGUUCUAUGUAGCUUAUCUGGUAGCUUAUGCGCACAUAUAGAUUAAUCGUACAACGGGAUAUCAUUUGAUGGUGGAUGAAGCUAAAGUUGUAAAAAUAAAGAAUUGUAGAUUCAGUACCGCUUUGGCGUUCCGAAAGAGUUAAAGUGCCUUGUAAAAUACUUGUUCAAAGUAACAAUUAUUGUUUCAAAAAGUGAUUUAAAACUUUUCAUUCAACUACAUAAGAAUAAGGACGUUUCCAAUCAAGACGAUGAGUGACAGCAGUAGCAACAAGAUUUAUCCGAAAACGGAUAUCGACCACGGGCAUGAAAACAAUGGAUACAUAAAUGACGAGCGACCGGGCGAGGGGGCUAAAAGCAACUAUCCUUCAACGUUGCAGCCAGAACACAUAACUAAUUAUGAUGAAAUUUCAAAGCCAGCAACGGUGUGGAGUAGUGAUCCGACGAACCUCGAAUCUGGUCCAGGUGAUGGAAAGAAUGACGGUCGUGAGACCUGGGAUAAUCCGAUUGAAUUCCUUUUAUCCUGUAUUGCGAUGAGCGUCGGCCUCGGAAAUGUGUGGCGUUUUCCUUUCACAGCUCUCAGUAACGGAGGCGGAGCUUUCUUAAUCCCGUACCUCAUCGUACUCAUCGUCAUUGGAAGGCCAAUCUACUACUUGGAGAUGUGCAUGGGUCAAUUUUCACGUUAUGGUCAAGUGAAAGUCUGGAAUAUGGCACCCCUCUUCAAAGGAAUUGGCUACGGCUCUAUGAUCGGCACCAUUUGCGUGGUGUCCUAUUACUGCAGCAUCAUGGCCGCUACUGUGUUUUAUUUUUGUGCGUCCUUUCAAAAAAAUCUGCCUUGGGAUUAUUGUCAAAAGAGCUGGGCUGGAGAAUUAAUUUGCAACGACGACGGAACUCUAAAUGCCACGUAUAAUGUGAAAAAUGAAACAAUUGCGUCUCUUUAUUACUAUAACGAAGUUUUUCCUCAGAAGGAUGAUAUUUCAGAUGGGCUAGGGAAACCGGACUGGAGGCUGUCACUGUGCUUAUUAUUUUCAUGGAUUUGCAUCUUCUUGUCUCUUUGGAAGGGCGUUAAGUCAUCGGGGAAAGUCGCAUAUUUCACGGCUAUUUUUCCAUACGUCGUUCUCAUAAUUUUGCUCAUUCGUGGGGCUACAUUAAAAGGGGCAUGGAAAGGGAUUAAAUACCUUAUUGAACCUCAAUGGGAUAAGCUGUACGAUCCAAAGGUUUGGUAUGCGGCCGUGGGACAGUGUUUUUUCUCCCUUUCUACAGGAUUCGGGCCCAUAAUAAUGUUCUCCAGCUACAACCCAUUUAGUCACAACGUUUACCGAGACGCUUGGGUAAUCAGUUUUAUGGACACUUUCACCUCGAUUUUAGCAGGAUGCACAAUAUUUGCCGUUCUUGGCUAUCUAUCAGAAGAGACUGGGAGACCAAUUAGCGAAGUUGCGGGGUUUGCAGGACCUGGCCUAGCCUUCGUCUCUUAUCCUGAAGCGAUCGCACAGUUUACCUUUGUCCCACAGCUGUUCGCCGUCCUAUUCUUUUUGAUGCUUUUCACAUUAGGAAUUGGUUCCGCAACGUCGUUAACUGGUGGCAUCAUUACCAUAAUUUGUGACCAGUUCAAAUCCUUCAAAAAAUGGCUUGUAACUCUAGUCGUUUGCAUAGUUGGCUUUUUCUCUGGUCUGAUGUUCGUAACGGAGGGAGGUGGUGCCAUGGUGGGGCUGAUUGACCACUUUGGAGCUAGCUUCGUGAUCUACCUUAUGGCGAUGCUGGAGGUUGGGGCAGUCGCGUGGGUCUACGGACUUAACAGUUUCUGUAAAGAUAUCGAAUUCAUGCUGAAGAUUAAAGUGGGAUGGUAUUGGAAGAUCUGUUGGGGGUUUCUCAUCCCAGUGGGUUUAUUUGUUAUAUUUGUCUACGCCAUGGCCACACAGGAGCGAAUGGUGUACGGAGAGGUGCCUUACCCCACAAGUGCGGUCGCGUGCGGCUGGACGCUGGCUGCGGUAGCUUUAUUUGUUGUUCCAGGGUUUGGACUUCACGCAAUAUACACUAGAAAAUCUGUUGGAUUGUAUGAGAAAUUCAAGGAAUCUUUACUACCCACGAAACAUUGGGGUCCAACGGACCCUGUUCUGCGACAAGAAUGGAUUGAAUUUAAGAAAACGGCUUAAACAAUUAAUCUGUGAUAUAACUUAAAUGCCACAAAAAUGAAAACUGUAUCAUAAAUUUAAAUAUGUUUAUCCGAAUUAUUUAAUAUCUAACUAAUCAAAUAUUCUUACGUUAUUUAACUUAUAUAAAACUAGUAUCUUGUUGUUAAAUUAAUAUUACACAAAACCUACCAUGUAACCAUCAGAUAAGGGUACACGCAGACAGUAUUGAUAAAAAUAGUAAACACGUCCAUAAAUAAUGAG